UUCACGUUUCAAUUUAGAAUAUUGGUUGGGCUCCAACUGUCAGAGUCUGUAUUAAAAUAUAUGCAAUCUCAAGUUCUGUAUCUUACCAUUUAGCAAAGACAAAAUGCAAGAAAAUCUAUUUUUUUCGCCCCAUCAACAAACGCAACACAGUUUUUAAACCCGAUCCGCGUAAUCCCACAAAUCACUUUGGUUACAAUUUUGAUGUUCCACGUCCUCUUCUCGUUAAAAAAAAGAAAGAAACUGACUUUAUUUUAAAAUAACAAAUCCUAGUUUUGUAUGUUAUAUAAUCUGGUCCAGAGUUUCGGUUUUUGGCAAAUUCCAGCCUCCUUUUAUACGCGUAAAGGUAUGCAAGAUUUGAGGCCCCCGGAAUGUCAUUGGAUGUUUGGAUGAGGUAUUAUAGAUUAUGGGUUUGGGAAGGGAUGGUGGGGGUACUACAAGCACCUCCCCUAGAAAUGCAGCAAAUCUCUCCCGUUUUCUCCUGGCGGGGCACUGGGAGGGCUGGAGACGUGCUUUGCAUUGGCAGGCUGAUGAGGACACGUGUCUCCUCCCUGCCUCCCCCCUGGGCUCCAUGGUACCGCAUUGGCAUCAGUAAAGGCACCUGAAAACCGACAACCAACUCCUGGAAACGCUGCCUGCCACCUUAUAACCCAAAAGAAAACGAUAUUAUAGGCCCGACAGAAACCUGUGGAUCGCCCUUUCUUCGUGCGUAAAGCUUUUGCGCACAUAACCAAACUGCCUCAGAGACUGAAUAGGUGCGCUACUCGUCGAGCAUCAGAGCGCAGCGCCAAGAUGCAGAAACGGAGCAGCGACGUCUGAAGGUGACAUGAACCUGGGAAUAAUCAAGAGCAGCAGGCGUACACUGAACACGAAGUGGAGAUAGCAACUGAAACCCGACGGUGUCUUCAAACAAAACUCGCGCUUUAUCUAAUGCAGAGAAUCAAGAGCUGUCAUUGCAAGUAGCCUCAGAUUUUUACUGACUGGAGGAGAAAAAACACUAAUUAAACUGCAGACAGUUGAGAUUCAGGGGAGGAACGAAAAAUGGCGACGUUAAUCAGAAGCAAGCUCUCUAAUAAACUGUCAAAUGCAGCCACCGCUGUUUCCAACAAAUCCCAGGCGAAGGUGAGCGGGAUGUUCGCCAGGAUGGGGUUCCAGGCCGCCACCGACGAGGAGGCUCUGGGCUUCGCCGCCUGCGAUGACCUGGACUACGACCACCGGCAAGGCAUGCAGAUGGACAUUUUGACAUCCGAUGAGAUGGGAGGAGAGGGGAGCGGAGACGGAGGCGUGCUCGAAGGGGACAGCCACUACCAGAGGGACGGCACUGGUCCACCACACUCAGCCUCAAAGGACGGAGAUCCGACGAACGAGUUGUCUGAAGUGAGACCAAAAAUCACCGCUUGGGAGGCGGGCUGGAACGUCACGAACGCGAUCCAGGGGAUGUUUGUUCUUGGGCUGCCCUACGCCAUCCUGCACGGAGGAUACCUCGGACUCUUUCUCAUUAUUUUCGCCGCCGUGGUGUGCUGUUACACGGGGAAAAUCCUCAUUGCCUGCCUGUACGAGGAGGACGAAGACGGGCAGCUCGUCCGUGUGAGGGACUCCUAUGUAGACAUUGCCAACGCCUGCUGCGCGCCCAGAUUCCCGUCUUUAGGUGGCCAUAUCGUGAAUGUAGCCCAAAUCAUUGAGCUAGUGAUGACUUGCAUCCUGUAUGUGGUGGUCAGUGGUAAUCUCAUGUACAACAGCUUCCCCAACAUGCCAAUCUCCCAGAAGUCGUGGGCCAUCCUCGCCACCGCCGCUCUCCUCCCCUGCGCCUUCCUCAAGAACCUGAAAGCCGUCUCCAAGUUCAGCUUGCUGUGCACAAUGGCCCACUUUGUCAUCAACAUCCUGGUGAUUGCGUACUGCCUCUCCAGAGCGAGGGACUGGGCCUGGGACAAGGUCAAGUUUUACAUCGACGUCAAGAAGUUCCCGAUUUCCAUUGGGAUUAUCGUGUUCAGCUACACCUCGCAGAUCUUCCUGCCGUCCCUGGAGGGGAACAUGCAGAAACCGAGCGAGUUCCACUGCAUGAUGAACUGGACUCACAUCGCUGCCUGCAUCCUCAAGGGCCUGUUCGCCCUAGUGGCCUACUUGACCUGGGCUGACGAAACCAAGGAAGUCAUCACAGACAACCUGCCCCCAACCAUCCGAGCUGUCGUCAACAUCUUCCUGGUGGCCAAAGCUCUGUUGUCGUAUCCGCUGCCGUUUUUCGCUGCUGUAGAGGUACUAGAGAAAAGCUUUUUCCAGGAUGGGGGACGUGCCUACUUUCCAGAUUGCUACGGGGGCGAUGGACGCCUAAAAUCCUGGGGACUCACCCUCCGAUGUAGCCUUGUUGUGUUCACCUUGCUCAUGGCUAUCUAUGUGCCACAUUUCGCCCUCCUCAUGGGUCUCACCGGCAGCCUGACGGGCGCGGGCCUGUGCUUUCUGCUUCCCAGCCUCUUCCACCUUAAGCUUUUAUGGAGAAAGCUGCUAUGGCACCAGGUUUUCUUUGAUGUCGCCAUCUUUGUAAUAGGAGGUAUAUGCAGCAUAUCUGGUUUUAUCCACUCGAUGGAGGGGCUCAUAGAGGCUUUCAGAUAUAACAUAGAAGAGUAGAUGCAUUGAUGGAAUUAGAUGUUAACUGCAAACCCCAAUUUAGUGGAAAUAAAAUAAAAUAAAAUAAAAUAAAGUAAAACACACGACUUCCCGGCUAAGCCCUUCUGCUUAAUCCAUGCGUAGAAUCGCGCCCAGAACAAACGCGAACAUUUUCGCACUCAUACAGUCUUGCAUAAGUUCAGAGAAAAUGCGCGCAUACACAAACACACACAAACACACGCACAGAAAUAAAGCCGGUGGCAGUGAGGGGAUCCGGUGCAUCCACAGCACACUAUAUGGACAAUACAUGUUGUAUAAAUAUGCGAACAAACGUACAUAUACAUAUUUUCCAGUGGAGUGAACGUUUACAAUAUCGACCUUAAGCAAAAUUGCAAAAAGGGCAGUUUGUCUUUUCGUCUCUCUUGUGGUGCUUCCCCACACGAGACUUCACUUCAUGUAACGCUCCGGUUUGUGACGGACGGAUAUUGGAAAGCAUAAUGUGAUUUUAUGAUGAUUAAGAUUCGUUUAUUUAAAAGAAGAAGAAGAAGAAAAAAAAAACAAGCGCCACUUUGCUCUAUAGGUAAUUUGCAAUACGAUUAUGGGCAGCGACUGUGGUGUUAAAUCCAGAAAAAAAAACAAAAAACACACACACACACACGCCUGUGGACACACAAGACGGAAAAAUAACGCAAUGGCAAUAACCAGCAGCAGAAACACAUGAAUGCAUGUAGAAAUAUGUUUCGAUAGAAAUGAGGAAAUUGGACCUUCCCCGAGCAGUUUAAAAUACUGGAAAAUGCAAAAUAUUAAAGUACACAGCAGCUAUACAAACUAUGCAUUGAAUGUAUGAUAUUUCAGACACACAAAACAUUAUGAAAAUUCCUAAAAAAAAAAAGGGAAAAUUUCGAUUCUUCUGCGUGAAAGUUAAUGCUUUUAUAUUCUUUCCAAUAUUUGAAAUUUAAUUUACUGAGAUGUCCAAACCCUCACAUCCUGGCCCAAAUGUCAUCUAGACGGGGACCCCAAAUUGAAAUCCUGCACACUCAGUUUACCAUAAUGCUUUUCAUUACAUUUGAAAAUACAUGGCCUGUUCUGAAAUUAAUUUGAAAGACUCCUGUCUUGAAAAUUCGAUGUCUGAAAAUCUAAAAAAGGAGAUCAUUUAAGAGGAAAAUGUGCUUACAGACAUUUUUCAUUCUGUGCAAUCCAAUGGGUCCUGUGGAAAUGUUAUAAAACCGUAUGUGUAGUGUGUUAUUGUGGUUUCAAAAAGAUGGAAUGUAUAUCUCAAAGUCGUUAACAUAUAUCGUGAAAAUUAAUAUUAAAGAAUAAAGAAAUAAGUGAAUUAUAUUGUAAAAAUGUGUGUGGUUUUAUGUAAAACGAAAAAUGGUCAGAACAUGUAUUUUUUUUCUCUAUAAUAAA